UUGACCCGGCCCACACCAAUCUCCCGACCAGAUCCAUUCAUCUCACGCACCAAAACCCAACCCACCACCUCCUCCUCGCCGUCGCCAAUCCGCGGUACUUUCCCUUCUCCUUCCCCCUCGCCGUCGCCGACUCCUCCCGUCUCCGCCUGACGCGCCGCGCUCCAGCUCCUCUCAAACCCGGUACACGCGACGUCCACGCCCCUGCCUCCGCCCCCGCCUCGCUGUCUCUGCCCGUCGUCCUCCGCGUCCUGCGGCGCAGGCGCAGGCGCAGGCUCGCCCUCGGUUAGAAGGGUUCGCCGUGUCAUGCCUUUUUGGUGGAUAUUCUUUAUUUUCCCUUGAAUAUUGAGUUCCUGACAUCUUUUCUUGUCUUCAUAAUGUCAGGCUUGCUUAAUUCAAACCUUAACAGUUCUGCAUCAAAUCUUCCAGACUCAACAGGAAGACCAUUUACAUCAUCCUUUUCGGGUCAAUCCGGAUCAAUUCCAGGUUUCCGUCAUUCUGGUUUGCACAACAUGCAUGGAAAUUUUAACCUUCCAAAUAUGCCUGGAUCACUUGCACAAAGGAAUGCCGCAAUGAGUGGCCUUCCAUCCUCUGGGGUUCAGCAACCUGGAGGGAGCAUUUCUGGGAGAUUCACUUCAAACAACCUUCCGGUUGCCAUGUCUCAGAUUCCUCAUGCACAUUCAGGUGUCAGUGCUAGAGGGAUGAAUGUUGGUGCAGGUCCAGCAUUUAGUAGCAGCAUGAAUAUUGGUGGUACCAUUCAAGGAUUAUCCUCGAACUUGGGCACCGGUGGUAGUCGCAAUUCUGUUCCUGGGAUGUCAGUAUCUCCAGGUUUAGGAAAUUUGGGUCCACGGAUCACAAGUUCUGUAGGAAAUAUUGUAGGUGGAAGUAAUAUUGGAAGAAAUAUAAGCUCUGGUGGAUUGUCUGUGCCAAGUAUUGCAUCACGGAUGAAUCUGAGUGGCAACGCUGGGAGUGGUAGUCUAAAUGUGCAAGGAUCCAACAGGAUGAUAAAUGGCCUCCUCCAGCAAGCAUCUCCUCAGUUGUUAAAUAUGCUUGGAAGUUCAUAUCCAACAUCUGGAGGUUCAUUAUCUCAGAACCAAAUACAAGCAGGAAAUAAUAAUUCUCUAAGUUCUAUGGGGAUGCUGCAUGAUGCCAGUGACACUGGUCCAUUUGACAUAAAUGAUUUUCCCCAAUUGACUGGUCGACCUAGUUCUGCUGGUGGUCCACAAGGACAAUAUGGGUCACUACGCAAGCAGGGAGUUGGUGUUAAUACCAUCGUUCAACAGAGCCAGGAAUUCAGCAUUCAAAAUGAAGACUUCCCGGCUUUGCCUGGAUUCAAAGGUAACUCUUCAGAUUAUGCUGUGGAGUUGCAUCAUAAGGAGCAACUUCAUGAGAAUGUACCUGUAAUGCAAGCACAACAAUAUCCUAUGGCACGGUCAGUUGGUUUUAAUUUGGGAAGUAGCUACCAUCCAAAUCGCCAGCAACACCAGCAAGGAGCUAAUUCAGUCCAGAAUGCCGGACCCCAAAAUAUUGGACUAAGACCACUAAGUCAAACUUCUAGUUUGGGAGCAUAUGAUCAACUUCUGCAGCAAUAUCAGCAGCCACAGGCUCAAAAUCCUUUCAGGUUGCAGCAGAUGCCUUCAGCUGCACAUUCAUAUCGGGAUCUAAGUCUAAAAUCUACUCAGGGGAUGCCAACAACGCCUGAUCCAUAUGGCUUGUUAGGAUUGCUGGGAGUUAUAAGGAUGAACGACGCUGAAUUAGCAUCUCUUGCUUUAGGAAUAGAUUUAACGACAUUGGGGUUAAAUUUGAAUUCACCAGACAAUCUAUACAAGACGUUUGGCUCACCAUGGUCAAAUGAGCCAGCAAAAGGGGAUUCUGAUUUUCAUAUUCCAGCUUGUUAUUACUUUGCUGAGCCACCUCCGCUGCUACAGCCCUUACUUUUUCAGAAGCUUCAGACAUUAACACUGUUUUACAUCUUCUAUAGUAUGCCGAAAGAUGAAACUCAGCUAUGUUCUGCUAACGAACUAUAUAAUCGAGGAUGGUUUUACCACAGAGAAUUACGGUUAUGGUUCACAAGAAUUCCGAAUGUAGAACCUCUAGUCAAAGCUCCUCUCUAUGAGCGUGGGUCUUAUGGUUGCUUUGACCCAAAUAGCUGGGAGACAGUCCGUAAGGACAACUUUGUUCUCCAUUACGAGCUGAUAGAGAAAAAGCCAACCCUGCCCUCUGCAGCUCAAAAUGUUAGGUGAAAAUUUCUGGGUACCUCCUGAGUCCUGAUUCAAGUUUUAGCCUUGUUGGAUGGGCCCAGGAAUCUCAUAUUCAGAUUACAGCAUCAUUUGCCUAACUCUUAAGGACAGGGAGAACACAGAAACUAAGGUCAUACUGAUCUGCGGAGAGGAGGCUGCAGAACAGAAAUCAUGAUAUCCUGUUGGCAGCCCUUUGUAAUUAUACUAAAACAGUGAUAAUAACAGUUGCAUUUUUCUUUCAUCAUCUGGGAUUUGUACUCCCUGUAACAUUCCCUAGGAUUAGUUUUCUGCACAAUUUUACCUUUCCAGCCUCAAAUGGCGAAACGUAGUUGGCUGCA